CCACCCAGCUCAGCAACCAGAGGAGCAGCUUGUGUAGUGAAAGCAGAACAAACAGCUUCCCUGGGCAUCCUUUCAAACGGCUGCAGGCUUGUAUUCUCUGGAACUUGCUGGCAACAUGAGAGGCUCUCUGCCCUUAUUGAUGGAGCGGGUACCACUUUGGGAUGCCACUAAAAUGUGUCAGGGCUUAGCUCAGAAUCUGGGCACUUUGCAAGACGUCUAAGCCAAGGUCCUCCUCCUGAAAUUCUGUCUCAUCCUAAAGGAUCCUGACUGGGAUUUAUGUUCUUUUUAUUUUUCUCUCAGCUAUUGCUGCAGAGCUCUCUUGUUUUUCAUUGCCAUUCUGCUCAACUUUCAUAGGCUUGGGUUUAACUUGGAACUUCUGCAUGGAUAUUGCCAAAUGGACUCAUCUUACUGUUUCAGUCUUUUUCCUGCUCUGGAUUUGCUGUUCACCAGAUUCAGCCUGCCUCCGUGCAAAUGUUAAGGUUGUUUAGAAAAUGUUCCUUCCCUCUGCAAGAAUGAUAGAUCAGCUGUAACCACGGCAUGUGAGAAAUUAUAAACUUGGCUUGAUCCUGCUGUUUGGGCUUUGCUGGAAGAUAUGAUUAUUUAACUGCAUUUCUUGAACAUUCAUCACCUACUAUUUAAGAAUAAAACCUCUUUGCCAGUUCUUGUGAUAGCCAUUUUUGGACAAUUGAAAAAAUAAACCCCACAACCUUCUUUUCAUGCUCCACCCCAUCCCCAAUUCCAAUAUCUUACAUGUUAGGGCUGGGGAGCCCCUUGAGGAAACAGGUAUAGAUUCUGGAUUGGAACCUUGGAUGUGACUGAGAGUUCUGCCUCAACUUGUGGUUGGUUUGUUUCAAGGUACCAUGGCCUUGAGUGGAAACUGCAGGACUUACCUUCCUCCCAGAGAACAAGGGACAGUGGCACAAUCCUUCCCAGAGGUAAUAGAACUGAACGUGGGCGGCCAGGUUUAUUUCACUCGCUACUCAACUUUAAUAGGCAUUCCCCACUCCCUGCUUUGGAAAAUGUUCACCUCCAAGAGAGAGUCAGUCAAUGAUCUAGCAAAGGAUUCCAAGGGAAGGAUUUUCAUCGACAGAGAUGGCUUCCUCUUCCGCUACAUUCUGGACUAUCUCAGGGACAAGCAGGUGGUCUUGCCUGACCACUUUCCAGAAAGAGGAAGGCUCAAGAGGGAAGCGGAGUACUUUCAGCUCCCGGACUUGGUCAAACUUCUGACUCCUGAUGAGAUCAAGCAAAGCCCUGACGACUAUUGCCAUAGUGACUAUGAGGAGGUUUCCCAAAGCAGUGACACAAGAACAAGUGCCCCAUCAUCACUCUUACCUUCAGAUCGAAAGUGGGGCUUCAUUACCAUUGGCUACAGAGGGUCAUGCACCAUGGGCAGGGAGACCCAAGCAGAUGCCAAAUUCAGGAGAGUCCCAAGGAUUUUGGUUUGUGGAAGGAUUGCUUUAGUCAAAGAAGUUUUUGGAGAAAGUUUGAAUGAGAGCAGAGACCCAGACCGGCCUCCAGAUAGAUACACCUCAAGGUUCUAUCUGAAGUUUAGGCACCUGGAGAGGGCUUUUGACAUGUUGUCAGACUGUGGAUUCCACAUGGUAGCAUGUAAUUCCUCGGUGACAGCUUCUUUUGUCAAUCAAUACACUGAUGACAAGGUUUGGUCCAGCUACACGGAAUACGUCUUCUACCGUGAGCCGUCAAGAUGGUCUUCAUCACACUGUGACUGUUGCUGCAAAAAUGGCAAAGGAGAUAAAGAAGGAGAAAGCGGGACAUCCUGCAAUGAAUUAUCCACUUCUAGCUGUGACAGCCAGUCAGAAGCCAGCUCCCCACAAGAGACUGUUAUCUGUGGCCCGGUUACCCGCCAGUCCAAUAUACAGACUCUGGAUCGACCAGUCAAGAAAGGCCCUGUGCAGCUAGUUCAGCAGUCUGAAAUCCGGAGGAAAAGUGACUUGCUGCGAACUCUGACUUCUGGUUCCAGGGAAUCCAACUCUAGUAAAAAAAAAGCAGUGAAAGAAAAGCUCUCAAUUGAGGAAGAAUUAGAAAAAUGCAUCCAGGAUUUCCUGAAAAUCAAAAUCCCAGACAGGUUUCCAGAAAGGAAACACCCCUGGCAAUCUGAACUGUUACGGAAGUAUCAUCUAUAGAGAAGUGGGGCAGGGCCAGGAAAAUCAAUUUAAGUUACAGUUUACUGAAUGAGAUUCCACUGGCAAAGAAAUAAAUAAUGAUGAUUUGUUAGGUCACAAAAAAGUUUAAUCUAUUACUAUGGUACUGCCUAAUUUGCUUAUUUUACCAAAACAUUUCUAAACUCUCUAUAACAAUAUUUUUUUCUCCCUGUGAUAGGAUCAACACAGCAUUUAUUCGUUAGACUCUUAUAAGUCGAAUGCUUGCAAUGCCACAGGCACAACAAAAUUGUCAGCUAACAAAACAUGUGCAAUAUGAUUGUGGCACCACUGAGCAAAACAUCUCUUAUUAUCAGGCAAAGCUUGUGGUGGAUGGUGAUUUUCUAAGCUGCAUGCCUUUUUGAGUUCUCUUUUACUGACAUUUCUUUGGAAGAAGAAGUCUGGGAUGGGCAAGUGCCUAUGAUUUUAAAGGGAAGACUUACGUCAUGCCAGUUUACAUUGGGAGAGAGUAUAUAUAUAUAUAUGUUUGUGUGCCACAUAAAAUAUUGGUCUGUUUCAUCCUGCAAUCUAUUUCCCCCUUGUAGAAUCAUGUAUAGAAUAAGCAUUUUCUCUCCCCCACCCCCACCCCAGCUUUGGUAUGUGUGUAUGUAUGGUUGUGAACUAAUUUGAUAUCAGGGGCUGAUCUGGAAAUUUAGGCCUGUUCUGUUUUCUUUGUUUGCACAUCAUGAAUGUUUAUGGACCACAGACUACUCUCAGCUUAGCCGAAAUAUCUGAGAAGACAAUGUCUACACUCCAGUACCAUGACAUGUACAAGCAAUACACUCCUGUGCAUUCACAUCUCAUUUUUUUUUCUCAGCAAUUCUGGAACCAACCUUUUCAGUAGUUUUCCUUACUCUUGAGGAAGCUUAUAACAUAGGCUGGAGAUUCUGUAAAGAUGGUUAAGAAAAGUACGCAUGCAAGUAUAAAUACUUUGCAAGGUUGCUAGAAUUGUUAACUUUUUCAACAUAUCCUGCUUCUCUGCCUUUAAAAUACCUUGCUGUGCAUGCAAAGAUUAAGCUGGCAAACUUUUUCCCAUCACUUUCUCCAUGCCAACAAAAUAUUCAUAUCCCUUUUUUUUUACAUGGCAGGUUUUUGUUAAAGGCACAGAGGCAAGACUUUUUUAAAAAGUCGGCAGUUCUCAUAGUUUUCAGUAGCAGGACACUUCCUGUCUAUCUUCUAUCAAUGGAAACAGCAACAAAGGAGGUCAGUCUCAAUUCUAGCCAUGUGUGAAGUGCUUCUUUUAUUUUCAUGUACCUCUGUAUAGUGCUAUGUAGUAUGUAAUAGUUUGUCUACUUUCUCCACUUCUCAUGCCAUAGAACUCUCAUACUUUCCAAAGGCACAGGGGAUAAAGGAUUACAAUAAAACACAGAAAUUGAAAAGGGAGAUGACAUAUGUAUGUAUACAAGAUCUAUCCUCUAGGAAAAGAGGGAGAGGAAGGGAAAGGAGUUUGUAAGCCACCUUGAGUCUCCUUACAGGAGAGAAAGGUGGGAUAUAAAUCCAAACUCCUCCUCCUCCUCUUCUUCUAUCUAUAUAUCUAUCUUGUAGGGUAAGUGCAUUGGUGGAUCUUGCAGCUAUAUUGUUGAUUUAUGGGAGCUUGUCAGGCACUGCUGCCGAGAUAUCUUUGGCCUAAACAAAUGGGAAGUGCAGAAUCCCAUUCCUUUUCAACACAGAUGCAAUUAGAAGAAAUUAUAGGCCUAACAAGAUGCAUUUUGCACUCUGACUUGCAGGAAAUUGAUUGUUCAAGUGACAGGCAACAUGCCACUCUGGCGGCAUGCAUUGGAAAAUGAAAUUAAAAAUUGAAAAGGCUCCAAAUGCACUCAACUAAUGGAAACAGCCUUCUCAGCACACUAAAAUUCCCUUUGUGGGAAAGUGCUUCACUUACUAGCAUCUGUACCAUAAUAUUCCAUGAAUGAAUGGAUGAUACUAAAGAUUGUUUUUGAGGAAAUGGAGGGAAAGGACAUAUUAUCACCACUGCAAAGAACAGGCUUAGAUGUGCAACCACUAUGCACUUGACAAAAAAAAUCUGUUUCCUCUGGGCAUCAAACAAACAUAACUGUUUAGCAGGCAAGAAAUGGUUAGUCUAUGGAAACAAAACUUCCAGUAAAGAACACACUUAUGAGAUUCUAUUGAGAUAAGUAUGACUUCAGUAAGUGUGUUUAGAAUGAGGAUGCAGCAUGCUAAAUGAUGCUAAGAGGAAAAAAUUAAGAUGUUCAGAGUGGAAUAGUGCAAUGAGUUCUAUAAGAAUAUAAAGAAUAUUCUCUAAGAGUUUUAAAAUACACUAAAUUGCUAAAACUUUGUUUGUCAGGACAAACAGUGGGAUCUUAAGUACUACUGGUAGAAAAAAACAGUUUAGCCUUCUAGUGCUGAAGUUGUAAGGAGGAAAAAGAGGUGGUGGGUGUUCUGUCUAUGUUAAAACACCACCUCCUGAUCUGAAGGUGCUUCACUCAAACUUUUAAUCCAUGGGACCUCUGUGUAGUUAGUUCUGAAGAAAAAUACUCUGUUGCUGCUCACAAGCACUCUUGUCUGUUUUUGUUUCAUAAGUUUCCCAGGUCAAGCCAUGAAAAUAGUUUGCACUGCUGCACCCAGUGAGCCUCAUAGCAAAUAAGCCUUGAGUAGGCUUCUCCUUGAUUUAAAAAGAGAAAAAGGAUUGGUGACCUCUGGUCUACAGUAUGUUCCUCUGUUGUGGAAUCAUACAAUGAAGGCAGAAAUAA